AUGCUUUUCAUCUUUGCACCUCCAGUUGCUUUGGGUUUGUUGCUGCUGCUGUCUCUGUACCAAAGCCACUCUUCCUCUCCUUGGAACUUUACUGAAGUCUUGAAAAAUUGUUUGAAUGAUACCGACUACGAAGCACUAGAGAACAUAAUAAACACAGGCCUUCCAAAAAUAACCAAACAUUAUCGUGUUGUUAUCGUUGGGGCCGGCAUGGCUGGACUCACUGCUGCCAAACUUCUGCAAGACGCUGGACAUGAGGUAACCGUUUUGGAGGCAAGUGAGCGCGUUGGAGGACGGGUGUUGACCCACAGGAAUGAUGAAGAGGGCUGGUAUGUCGAAUAUGGGGCCAUGAGGAUCCCAAGUUCUCAUAAGAUUCUGCUAAAGGUUAUCAACCAACUGCACCUGACAGUGAAUAAAUUCAACAUGACUGAUAACAACACCUAUUACCUGGUGAAUGGGAAGAAGCACAAGACUUCAGAAGUGAAGAAAAAUUCCAGCAUCCUGAAUUAUGACUUACCAGUGAACGAGACAAAUAAACAGGCCAGUCAGCUGCUGAAGGAGGCUUUACUGAAGGUGACAGAUUAUCUUACAACUAACACAUGUGAGAAUGCUCUGAAGAUGUUUGAUCACUUCUCUGUAAAGGAAUAUCUGCGAGAAGAAACCAAUUUGAGUUCGGAAGCCAUUAGGAUGAUGGGAGACAUACUGAAUGAAAACAGCAUCAUGGCCAACGCUCUGACUGAGAUGAUUUACCUCAUGAAUGACGUCAACGACUCUGUGGAAUACAGUGAAGUGACUGGAGGGACAGAUCUAAUCCCCAAAGCUCUUAACAAUACUCUCAAAAAGGACACGGUCAAAGUGAACUCUACAGUCAAGAAAAUCUACCGAAAUGUGACAAAUCAUCCAGUUGUGGUGACAUAUAAGUCUGACCAAAGAGACGGUCUUUCUAAUAUUACAGCCGAUGCGGUUCUGGUGACAGCCUCUGCCAAAGCUGCGCUCUUUAUUGAUUACGAACCGCCUCUCUCCACCUCCAAGGUAAAGGCUCUGAGGUCAAUCCACUAUGGAGGCUCCACCAAAGUUGUCCUCACCUUCAGUGAAAAGUUCUGGGAGAAAGAAGGCAUCUAUGGAGGAAAGAGCGUCACUGACCGACCCUCUCGAUUCAUCUACUACCCCAGCCACAGCUUCCCAAAAAACAAUACGAUCGGCGUCCUCCUGGCUUCCUACACCUGGGCUGAAGACUCCCAUCUCCUCCUGAGUUUGACCAAUGAGGAUCUGAAAGAGUUGGUCCUGAAAGACUUGGCAUUGAUCCACGGCGACCACGUCAAGUCCCUCUGCACCGGCAUUCUGGUGAAGAAGUGGAGUCUGGACCCCCACAGCCACGGCGCCUUCGCUCUCUUCACUCCUUACGAGCACCUGGAGUACGCCCAGCAGCUCCAGAAGAAUGAGGGCCGGAUUUAUUUUGCUGGUGAACACAUAGGCUUCCCCCACGCCUGGAUUGAGACGGCUAUAAAAUCUGCAAUCCGAGCAGCUAAAAACAUAACUACUGAUGCAAUGAAACCCCUUAACAUGGCCAGAGAUGAGCUGUAA